AAAAAGGCUGUGAAUUCAGCAGGAAAGGACUAAGUUAGGAAAGAAUAGGAGGAAGUGUGACUGCCACUACACCAAGCAAUCUGGAGCCAAUGCAGCUCAGAACUGUUGGAAACGACGUGCAAAACCCUCUACCGAGUUGUGUGAUGUGGGUCAUGCUACAGAUCGAUCUCUUCCCAAACAGACCCGAUGCUUUAUUGUGAAUUGUGAUUUUGGUCUGGCCUACCGUCACAGGAGGUUGCUCCCUGCUCUGUUUGCUGCUGUGGAACGUUGGAGUAAAUCUCUGGAAAUAAGUGUCACCAGCAAACAAAGAGGAAAAAGUUAGUUAUUGAGCUGUCCUGACAGAAGUCCUCACUUGAGUGCCAAUGAGACCUAUUUGCAAGUUGAGAUGCUGCUCUGGAAAGCGCAAAUGACCUUCACUCUUUGAUACCCUCACAAGGACGAUGGGAUCGAUUAACAUUGGAAAGGCUGCGACAUUGAAUGAACUGUUACAUGCCAGCAUUGAUACAAUCGAUAAUGAAGGAGAGUUGAGUAACAGCCAAGUGCCAAGAAUGGUUCUUCUCAUGCAUCGAUGGUACCUCCCAUCCACUGAAUUGGCAGGAAAACUUAUACUUAUGUAUCGUGAAGCAUGUGGUGAGGAUUGCAGUGACUUUCGCCUCAAAAUCUGUUAUUUAAUGAGGUACUGGAUCUCUGAGUUCCCUGCUGAGUUUAACUUGGACCUGGGUUUGGUGCAUCUGACAGAGCAGUUUCAGGAACUGGCUAGCCAGCUAGGCUAUGAAGAACACAGUAAACUCCUCGACAUCUCCAGCAUUCCGUCGUACGACUGGAUGAGACGUGUAACUCAGCGUAAGAAGGUGUCCAAGAAGAAGGGCAAAGCUUCUCUGUUGUUCGACCAUUUGGAGCCUCUCGAACUGGCAGAACACCUCACCUUCCUGGAAUACAAAUCCUUCCGCCGGAUAUCGUUUACAGAUUAUCAGAGUUACGUCACACAUCGCACCUUAAUGGAUAACCCGACCCUUGAAAGAUCCAUCGCUCUCUUUAAUGGCAUUUCCCAGUGGCUCCAGUUGAUGGUUCUUAGCAAGCAGACACCUGUGCAAAGGGCAGAUGUCAUCACCAAAUUUAUUAAUGUGGCUCAGAAGCUGUUGCAGCUCCAGAACUUCAACACGCUGAUGGCUGUGGUAGGAGGUUUAAGUCAUAGCGCCAUAUCCCGCUUGAAGGAAACCUUCUCACAUCUUGCACCCGAAGUUACAAAGGUCUGGAAUGAAAUGACUGAGCUGGUCUCUUCCAAUGGAAACUACUGCAGCUAUCGAAAGGCUUUUGUUGACUGCGAGGGCUUUAAGAUUCCAAUUCUGGGUGUUCACUUAAAGGACCUGAUUGCAGUUCAAGUGGCUUUUCCAGACUGGACAGACGAUAAUAAAGUGAACAUCGUCAAAAUGCAGCAACUGUAUGUUACAUUUAAUGAACUGGUUUCACUUCAGGAUGCAAAUCCUCACUUAGAACCAAAUAUGGAUUUAAUACACCUGUUAACACUGUCCCUGGAUUUAUAUCAUACGGAAGAUGAAAUCUAUGAACUGUCAUUACUCCGUGAACCGAGGAAUCCAAAGUCAAUGCCCAGCACACCAACCACUCCAAACAAAUCUGUGGCACUAGUGGACUGGGAACCUGGACUGACACCAAAACCAGAUCCCACCAUCAUUAACAAGCAUAUCCGAAAGACAGUUGAUUCUGUAUUUAGGAACUAUGAUCAUGACCAUGAUGGUUACAUCUCCCAAGAAGACUUUGAAAGCAUAACUGCCAACUUCCCAUUCUUGGACUCCUUCUGUGUUUUGGACAAAGACCAGGAUGGGCGGAUCAGUAAAGAUGAAAUGAUGGCCUAUUUUCUGAGGGCAAAAUCACAGCUCCAGUGCAAAAUGGGACCAGGCUUUAUUCACAAUUUUCAAGAAAUGACAUAUCUCAAACCAACAUUCUGUGAGCAUUGUGCGGGAUUUCUCUGGGGUAUAAUCAAACAAGGACACAAGUGUAAAGAUUGUGGUGUCAACUGCCAUAAGCAAUGCAAAGACCUGCUGGUGUUAGCAUGUCGGAAACUGCGAAAGAGUACCUCUCUGGAGAGUUCUUCACCAUCUUCACAGAGCCACGGCUCCCUGCCCAACAGUCCGGCAAUCCUCUCCUGUGCAAAUGCUGAAGAUGGAGUGAUGUUCAACUUCCCACAGAGCGCCAGUAACCAUGCCAUCGACGGCAGGACGAUCACAUUAAUGACUGGCUCGGCCCAGAAGAUUUCAGUGCGUUUACAAAGGGCCACAGCCAGCCAAGCCACACAGACGGAGCCCCUGUGGCAGGAGAGCGGAUGGGCCGGAGGCGACUCGGGAUCACACACCUUCCCAAAAAUGAAGUCGAAAGGCGGGAAGAGUAGGGGCUUUGCCAAGUGGGAAAAUGAGAAGCCCAGCAGAUGUGCCAAGACAGAAGAGGAAUGCGAACCACUGCAGAAUGGAACAGAGAUAGAAGAAGAGGAGCAAUGAAGGUACCUUCCUCAAGAUGAAACCUCCAUCAUUCUUGUCUUCGAAUGACCUUUGGUGAAACAUCAAGGACAAUGAAUACAGUAACAGUUUCAAUUCACCCAAUAAGAAAAUCUCUAUUUUACUGCCAAUAUGUGCAUAAGACUAAUGUAUCUACAAUCAAAUGUAAAUUAUCCAGUGAAAACUGCUGAUGCUAAUAUUAUUCCAUUCUUCUUGAAGAUUUGAAAAUAGACCAUAUUUCUAGUUGGCAUAGACCAUGAUAAAAAAAAACCUGGACAAUGUAGAACCAGGCUGCUGUUUAUCUCAUACACAUGAAGAUCCAAAUACACAAGUCACUGGAAUAAGUUAUUCAACGCAGGAGGAGGAUCCAAUUGUGCGAGUUUAAGCAGCGGAGAUGAAAAACGUUAAAAGGCAUCAAACCUAUGGGAGUUUGAAGAUUACAUCAUUCAUGUAAGGAACACAUUUCUGGUUGCGGUUUUUAUGAUUCGACACAGAAGAAGAUAACUUUUCUGCAGAGGAAACAAUAUAUCAAUAUUACUUCCUCUAUAUUUAAAAUUACAUCAAUGUGGUUGUAUGUUAAUAAUGAAACAUUUGUGUUUGAAGCAUCAGUAUGAUUGUAAUUAUGUGCUUCAUAAUUGCAGGUGUUAAAGGGAAACACUAAGAAAACACAUUAACUGCUGGCUGAUGUUCGUAGGUUGAUCAUUUAACAUCUGUAACCUUUAUCACCAGGCAACAACUUUCCAUCUCCCUUCCAUUAACCGAGCAUUGUCAAAUCAAUUUGCCGAGCAUCAGCAAGUAAAAAUUCUUACUUAAUUCCAAUGUAAGACUACAUUAAGGCGAUUGAAAUUGGAUAAGAUCUGAUGUACAUACAGAUCUAUCCAUUGGAGUUUCCCUUUAAUCAAGCAUUUUCAAAUUCUAUAAAAUUCCAUUAAUGAUUUAAGUUUUGUUUUGUUGUUUUUCAUGCUUUACAGAUUCUUAACAAUUUGCCUUUAAUUGCAAAAUUCUUUACUUUAAUAGGUCCAAAACUCAAACAGUAUUAGCUGCAGCUUUAUUUCUGCUCUGAACCACUGCAUCCUCAAUCCAACUGCAGCUGAAUGUAUGUCCUAAGUGAAGUUUCUUUGUUUAGGUUUUGAAAGUAGCCCACCAUCUAAGUAUUUUAAUGCAAUAAAGAUGGUGAAUUAUAAUGUGCAGUGGAUAAAAUGUUGGCAUCUUUAGAAGAUAUGCUAUUUAUUAGUCCUUUUGUUACAUGCACUUAUUACUGAUAAGCCAUAACUGAAAAUUUAGCAACAACCCAUUUUGUCAUCAUCCUCCCAUAACCCAAAAAUACAGCUAAUUGUUUCCCCAAGGAGAGCUCCAGCAGUUUAAUCCCAUAAUACACUACUGUCAAAAUAAUUGUGUUGGACAAUAUGAACCUGUUGCUUCAUGAAUUGUUUAUUUCUUAAAUUUAAUCCUCAUCCAAAGAGAUGCGAGAUAAUUUGUUGGUGAGAUUAGUUGUUGGCUGGUGUGUCCUUUUGAUACCUUGACUUAAAUUCAAGCCCUAUGUUCAUAAGUUCUAGGAGCAGAAUCAGGCCAUUUGGCCCAUCAAGUCUACUCUGCCAUUCAAUCAUGGUUGAUGACAGAAUAAUACAUUCACUUUGCCAAAUUUCAGGGCCCAUUGAAAUAGAAAUAUCAGUUGGCUUGGUCCAGCACUUUAAUCAGCAUCUAACAAUGUUAUGUCUGAGCUCGAAGUACUUACUGAUAGUUUGUCACAAUGUUCUAUGAACUGAGCACCAAUUCACCCACGAAGCACAAGAAAGGUUUAAUUUGCAAUCUAUUUACAUUUUAUGAUCCUCCCAAAAAAGGACAGAAUGCAGAACUGGAAACUUUAAUUUAGCUGAACUUACUUCACCUUAAAGUUUUUCAUAGCACUCUAUUAAAUUUCACAUUUCUUGCAAUCAAA